GAGAUCCUCGUAUAGUAGAUGAAUGGGUUCAGGGCCUCGAGAUGAUUUUCGAGGUCAUGGACUGCCCUGAUCGUUACCGUAUGUUAUGUGCCCAGAUCCAGCUGACCGGUGAUGCCUGGUGGAAUGCCUACUGGAGUAUGCGUCCCGGCGAGAAAGACGGUUGUACGUGGGACCAAUUCAAGGAGCUGAUCCGAGAGAAGUAUUAUCCCUCGUAUUACCGAGCAGACCUGGAGCGCCAGUUCUUGGCACUCACCCAGGGUACUCGUUCUGUUGACGAGUACGAGAGAGAGUUUACCCGUCUCGGAGCCUUUGUACCGGAUCUUGUAGGUACGGAGGCAAAGAGAGCCCAUCGUUUUGCCGACGGACUUCGCCCAGCAGUCCGCCACAACAUCGUAGGUCACGGCGUCCAGACCUAUGCCCGUACAGUUGCCAUUGCACUGGAAGUCGAUGCCAGUAUCAGACGAGAAGCCACCCAAACAUCAGCCCAACCAGUUGUUCAGCCAGUUGCACAGUCACCAGCCCAGCCCAAAGUUGCCCAACCGUCAAAGAACCAGAAGAAGAGGAAGUUCAGAAACACUCUUGAUGAUCGGAGGACCCGUCCUAGACAAACGCCAGCUUGCCAGACAUGUGGAAAACACCACCGCAGAGAAUGCCUU